CCCAAAGCGAGCGAUUGAUACGAUACACUCACGAGUACUCAUGCCCAAGCCCGAGUACUCUGUCCAGCAUCCACAUCGGGGAAUCAACAUAAAUGGGUGGCUCCGCGGACGGUGUUCCAGCAGUCGCGCUUGGGCGGUCCGAGUGAGCAGUAACGGAUCUUCUGCAGAAAUCAGUGCAUAGAUACAGUAUCUGAAGGAUCAAAGUGUUGAAAAUCAAUUAAAAGAUGGACGAGGCUUCUGGCACGACGACAACCCAUGGCAAGUCCCUGGAUGAGGCGCCGGUGGCCGCAGGACUGGAGCCCACACAGCCGAUCGGCUUCCUGCAGCUCUUCCGCUUCUCCACCUGCGGGGAGAUCGCGUGGCUCUUCUUUGGGUUCCUCAUGUGCUGCGUCAAGGCGUUGACCCUGCCCGCAGUGGUCAUCAUUUACAGCGAGUUCACAGCACCCUCUCCGCUGCCACGAACAUCACCACGCUGUCGUUUCCCUUCACGAUGGCCAACAGCAGCGGCGGCGGGUACACCAUUCCCACGGGGACCCUGAGCAUCCUUCCCAUCGCGGCGAACGCCCAGCUGCCGACCAUCACGACAACGGCCAGUGGCUACGAGCCCAAUGACGUCAUCACCACGAUCCCCGUCUCGCUCUCCAUUCAGCG